UUAAAGAAGACUCUCGUGUGGCAUAAACCGAGUUUAGAUCCGAUCCUGAAGUUAUUAGCCGUUGUUGACGUCAUAUGCAAUGCACGAGGAGGAGUCUCUUUAUUAAAAUACUGACUUGGAUACUCGAGAAAACUUCAUGACUCUGCAGCGGGAGUAAAUUCAAAUCACAUUUGCGCGGCAGCCUUUCAUUAGACGGUUUAUGCUGUCAUAUUAGACAUUAAAGUUUCGUGAUUUAAACUCCGACAAGAAGCAUUUUCUCAUAGGGCAUUGUUUAUUAUUAAACUCGGGUUUUAACGUUGAACAUUCUGUAUUCUCACUGACUCGUCAUGAUGGACAAUUUGAUGCCACGAUCAAUUUAUUAAACCUCAUUAAAUAACAGGGUAGAAGAAAAUUGAACGACUGUCAUGUUUAUCACACUUCGAACAGAGCUGAAAAACAACCCACCCAGCUCUCACUACUUCAUUUGAGCAGCACUGACAUUUUAGGACCCUGUCUGCUUCCAGUUUCAUCGAUGUUAAGAUAUGAAAUGAAAACAAAAAGCAAUUUGUGGCACAAGCCUGAUUGAUCACCUCAUUUUGUUGAGUUACACGAAAUAAGCAACCCGAAUUAUAUUGUCAAAUAGACUGCGACCAGCUGGAACAAAGAUCUGCCAAUCAUUAAACAUUUCGUGGAAAUUUCCUAAUUGAUCAAUCUUUUCGAGCGGAUGCCGACAUCAAGUCGAACAGUUAUCCCGCCUUCACUAGGACAUAAAUAUAGAUACGUUACUAAGUGAAGAAACCAGAAAAAAAAAUCAUUUGCCAGCGUAAGAGCGGAAAAAGAAACUGAACGGCGAUGUCGGAAAACGUGAAUAGAACGAUGAAUGGAACACAGUCAUGGAGCUGCCCCAGCAAUCCUAGAGCAGAAAAAAAUUGGAAUAACAUUUGCUUACUGCCUGAUCUUCAUUUUUUCGUUGGCUGGGAACACCGUCAUUGGAAUUAUUGUCUACAAGACGAAAACCAUGAGAAAACCCAUCAACUUUUUCAUUGUAAACAUGGCCAUGUCCGAUCUGCUGUUUCGGAUUUUCUUGAUUCCUUUGGAGAUACAAACGCUCUAUAAAGACUCCUGGUUGAUCGGUGGUCCUUUUGGCCAGGUCUUAUGUAAGCUGGUUGCCUUCUUAACAGAAGUUUCCUCUACUGUGUCCUUUCAGAGCCUGGUUCUGAUAGCAGUGGAUCGAUUUGGUGCUGUGGUAUUUCCUCUCCGUUCUCCACUCAUCAGUUCAAAUCUGUGCCUGUUUAUUAUUCUCGCCACUUGGAUCGUCGCGAUAGCUGUUUAUUCCCCAGUUCUCUUCGUCUGCAAAGUUGUUGAACAUCCAGAGAAGCUGGUUUGUCAGCAGAACUGGAAUGAACUUUUUGGAGAAUCCUCAUCCCAUGAGAAUUAUUUCGUGUCCUGUAUAGUUGUAUUCACUUUUAUCCCGUUGGUGUUGAUAACCAUACUUUACGUUACCAUCUUACUAAAGCUCAAGUCACAGAGGAUUCCAGGAGAGCAAUCAGCCAACGCUGGACAACAACGCCAGCAAAGGGAGCGAAAUUUGCUAAAGAUGGCCAUUGCUAUUGUGCUAGGGUUUACAGUAUGCUGGCUGCCCUUCACUAUCCUCUGGUGUAUUCUCCUCUUUACGGACACCAUCAUAUGGCCGAAUUGUGACGACCUAUACUUUGUAUAUGUCGUUAGGUUAAUGGCUAUCGCAAAUUGUGCGAUAAAUCCUUGUAUCUGUUUAAUUUUCAGCAGAAAUUAUCGUAAUGGGCUUAAGGCUCUCUUCAGAUAAAUUAUCUUGAACAGCGCAGCAGCUGAUGAUACUUAUGUAGAGUAGAGAGGUUCAGUCGACUUAAAACUCGUAAGAAACGUUAAUUUAAAACUGCUUCUUAUUUAAAUUCAAUGGACACUAUGGCUUAAAGAACCUUUGCAGGACAGUUUUAAACCUUUCUUUGGACACUGAGUUUGCCCACAUUUUGAAGUUAUUGUGCAAAUUCGAUUUGUGAUUUUCUUAAAUUCAUAGGACGUAUUCAAUCGUCUUAAAGUGUAUAUGGCCCGAAAUUUUGAACACCUGUUUUAAUUUUUUGGUAUUUAAAUUGAGGUAUUGCUUGAUCAGAUUUCGUUAUUAGAACCUUCUAGAGGCGCCCAAAAGUGGUAUUUUCCAGCGCUUAAAGUUAAGCACUUAAGUCAGAAAUAUGCGACAAUUUCCGCGCGGCCACAGAAUGCUCUGUGACGUCAUCAGUUGUGUAGAUUGUGGCGGGAAGAAUGGCGGAUAAGCGAAAUCGAAGAGUCUUCGGAAAGUAUUGUGUAGCUGGCGGCCCUGGUUUAGUUAGCUGCACUAAUUCUAGUUAAACUCCCGGCAUACCGAUGCACCUUUUUACUUCAAACGAAAGUGUGAGAAGGAAAUGGACGAAAUUUGUGCAAAAACACCGGCGCGGGUUCAAACCAUCGAAGACAUCAGUGCUGUGUUCAGUCCAUUUCACACCAGAGAGCUUUUCACGAAGGAUCGACCCAGCAGAUCAGCCUAGUGUUCUAAGAAUUGAAAAAGGAGCAUUUCCAACCAUUGAUGUAGCGAUAACGCAAGGGGAUGUUCCAGCCGUGACAGAUAGAGAGCGAAGAAAGGUAAGUUUGAUUUGACAAAGUCUUAGCUUAUAAGCGCGACUUGGCUUCAAACGGCGUGCCCUUACCGUGCCGAACUGAAUUCAUAGCUCCCUGUAUCAGCUGCCGUUGCUUUGUAGCAUUUAAAAUGAUCUUCAGCAAAGUGCCAUGGAGUUGGGAGGAGUAAAACGCUGCUUUCUUUUCUUAAAGAGUGUGGGAUUGUCUGUGGCCACUUUUGUCUCUGAUCGUCACAGGGGCAUUGCAAAGUGGAUUAGGCAAUGUCAGCCCCAAACAACCUAUAUUUUUUUAUAUUUGGCAUGCUGCUAGAUCAAUAAAUAAGAAAUUAUUGAAAGCCAGUCAGGAAAAGGGACUUGAGCUGAUUAAAGACUGGAUGAGAGGAGUGAGAAAUCAUCUGCACUGGUGCGUGUGGUCAACUCUUCAGGGGUUCGAGGAGUUAAUUUCAGCCAAAUGGAAGUCUCUUUUGGGUCACAUAGGUAACAAACACACAGAACAUCCCGUUUCACUCUUUUCUGCUUGUUCCCAUGGAGAGAUUACCCCACGACGCUGGAUCAAAAUAGAUAAAUACUUUGUGCUAAUUUGGUGCUACUAUACCCGUAAACAGGUUUAUCACUAUGUGUUUCUUUCUUUUUUUAUUUAAAUUCAUAUUAGGCACAAAAGCAUAUGACAAAAUCUCCUCUAUCCUUUCGAGCACGAGAAUCUUAGCUGACAUUAAGAAGCUGUCACCGGAUAUUCAAACCAGCUGCCUGGGGGGGGUUUCAUGCCACCCUUGAUCAUUGGCAUCCAAAAAUGAUCCAUUUCUCUUGGCUUGGUACUUUCUGCAGAUAAUUACAGUCAACAAGGGAAAAUAAUAGUUUUAACACAACUCAAGAGAGGUUAAGACUAGUUCACAUAUGACAGAUGUGAUUUGGCAGGAUUGUACCACUUCACUGCUACUGUAUUGUGUCUUUAUAAUUUACAUCACACAUUUUAGGCACAUUUUGGCAAGCCUAGACUUCAACGAAAACGUUCACAGGGAAAACAGAGACAGGCCAGGGUGGAAAACCUUACCACAAAGUGUCAUAUCCAAAAUAUAAAAUUGGUGAAGAAGUGGUGUGCAAGGUGGCUGUUCAUCCUACAUAUGGUAAGUCUAUUUUCAGACUACCCAACUUCCAAGGGUAGAGAAAGAUAAAUAUGAUGACAGGCGGUCAAAACAUCCUUUAAUUCGCACUUGAUCAUGUUUUAAACGUACCUCAGCCAUUAAAUUUCCCAGCUGAUAUCCUGUUUUACUAAGUAACUUAUGACAGCAAAGUACCUGCAUUCAUUAUCUCCUUAGGUUAUGUCGAUGACAUCCGAAAGCUGCUAUUCAGUUUGCCAUUGAAAGAUCUAGGCAAUGCUAUAAAAAAAAAUAUGAAGAGAAGGUCCCAGAGCCCUUGAACAGAGAGGGAGAGAGGCUGGGUAAAGAUGAGGCCAUACAGCACAAGCAGAAAAACAAGAAGAGGACCAGAUCAGAGCUAUUUCCCCCGGUUGCUGAGCAGGAUGCAAUGCAGGCUGGACAAAAUCAACUGGCUGAGGAAGAACCCCCACCAAA